AAGGCAGAGAAUUGGCAACGCUGUUCCCCUCUCUUUCUUUACUGUCAUUAUGAUGUGAACUCCACUACAGUUCGAGCACAGAGAAGAGGAAAAUUUUGACAUAAUUUUGUCCACUUGAGGUUUUAGUCAGUUGCUAGUUAGAUUGAUUUGUUCAGCUAGUUUUUGAGUAGAAUUCAAACAUUUUGAACCUGCCAGAGAAAAAUGUCUCAUACAAUCUUCCUGCUUGUGGCUGUCAUAGUGACUUGUUUUCUUCCAGAAGAGGUGUUCUGCCAUGAAUAUAAGGGAGUUAAUUAUCUUAGAAAGGAUGUUCUUGAUGGAGACACUGAUGGACUUGUCAUUACAGUGGAUGUUCAGCUUCAAACUAUAAAUGAGCCUAUCAAAGGACCUCAUGAUCAGGAAAAUUUCAAUGCUGUCUGUAUGCCCAUUGCGGACAACACAAUGGUGAAGGGUUCAAUGACGCAGAAUGAUGUAAACUUCGGAGGUCUGGGUGCCGAUACGAAAAUGAAAUCUGUAAUUGAACUCCUAACCUGCUUCGUUCCACAGAGUACUUUUGGAUUUCAUGUAGUGAGAAGGUCCUACUAUAUCAUGGAAAAAGUGCAACAUGUAUAUCAUAGCGGUGGCAUUAUCAAAGCUAGAAAAUACUCAUUUCUAAAUAACGAUGGAGAACUUGUUAAAGGAGCAAAAAUCACUGUGGAAACUUACAGUCCAUACCUGCAGUUCGACAAGAAAUUAUCUCCAAUUCAAGGGCACAUACCGAAAUUUGGGUAUUUCGAUAAUCAAAGAUAAGGUCCUCGGUGUACGAGAAAUUCAGUCAGAU